AUGUCGAAUAACUUUGCCCAUCUUUUCAGUGCUUUCCAGCAACAGCAACAACAGCAGCAGCAGCAACAACAACAACAGCAGCCGCAGGCUAAUAAUCAGCAAAACGUACCUCAACAAUUCCAACAAGCAAAUGGGAUGUUCCCUGCAGGCGGUCUCAAUAACAUCCAAAAUGGUGGUCAAGCAUUACCGCCAGGCGUCAAUCCUGAUCUUUUAAGAGCUAUGAUGCAGCAAUGGCAGGCAGGACAGGCAACUGCUAUGCAACAGCAACAACAGCAGCAGCAGCACCAACAACAACAGCAGCAGCCGCAGCAACAGCAUCAAGCUCAACAACAGCCUCAUCAGCAGGUGCAACAACAUCAAGCUCCACAACAGAAUUAUAUGGCAAAUUUCAAUCAAGUCUUUAGACCGAACAAUGCUAUGAUGGGAGACAACCAUUCUGGAAACGGGAUGAUGACACCUAAUAUGUUGGGUCAGGCAAACGGCGCACAAGGGAACUUCAAUAAUAUGCAAACAGCUGGAUCGAUAUCUGGAGCUCAAGCUGCAGCUGCGGCAUCUCAGGCAGCAGCUUUAACGAGACAACAGCAGUUGCAGCAACAACCUCAACAGCAGCAGCAGCCUGUACAACAGCCGCAACAGCAAAUGCAACAAAAUGUACGGCCAGGACCGUCGCAUGAAGCGAAUAAGCCCGUUCAAGCACCUGCGAAUCUUCAGCAGGCUUUCGAGAUGGCACGUAAUGGAACGUUAUCUGCUAGUCAGGCAAGCUCAUUGCGCUCGAUUUUGGAGGCACAUCGAACGAAUCCAACGUUGAACCCGCAAAUCGCUGCUGCAUUGAUGCAACAAGUCCAAGGGCAAACAGGUCAACAAGGGCAGCCGCAACAGCCUCAGGCACAACAGCAAGCACAACAAGUACGCCCACCAUUCGCUCAACAGAUGAUGGAACAAGCAAUGCAACAACAAAUUCGUCCUCAACAGCAACCUGGUCAGCAGCCGCAACAAAUGCCGUCAACCUUACAACCGCAACAGCCACAACAACAGCAGCAGCCACAGCAAUCACAGCAACAACAAGCACAACAACCUGGUGUGAAUGUUGCUGCAAGACCUCCAGGAUCUGCUACGCCUGCACAAAUUUUCAAAGCCUUGGAAACACGCAUUGCAGAUCAAGAGGCAAAGUUGGCUUCCGUCACGGAUGCAAAUGAACGUGCAUUACUUGAGAAGCAAGUCAAUGAUGCUAAACGUAUGAGAGAGGCUAUUACUGCUCGAUUUGCAGCUCAGAUUCAAGCUCAACAACAGCAACAAUCUCAGCAGCAACAACAACAACAAGCAAAUCCUCAAGCACAGCAGGCAAGGCCACCGAUGCAGCCGCAGCAACAGCCUACUCCGCAAAUGCAAACCAGACCAUCGCCUCGACCUGGAAAUGCGAAUGCGUUUGGAAGUCCGGCUUUUGCACAGCAAAAGACACCAACGCCUAUGCAGCAACAGCAAUUCGCUACUCUGAAUCAAUCUCCUCAUAUUGGCGGAAAUCCUGCCGGUGCAAUGGGAGGACAGCAACAGAGUAAUCAGCAAGCACAGCCGCAACAGGCCAUCCAACAAGCCCAAGCCCAAGCCCAAGCUGGCCAGGCAAAUGUUCGCCCGCCAGGUAUGCUAGCUAUGAAGCCGGAACAAUUCAUGCGAGCUGUUAGCGAUCAUAUGUCUCAACGAAAUCUACCUUUCCAAAGUUCGCCGGUGGUCAAUAGCCAACGUGUGGACCUGUUCAGAUUCUUUCAAGCUGUUCAAGCACAAGGCGGCAGUGAAGCUGUGACGAGGAAGAAUAUGUGGCCAACGAUUUUAUCACAAUUGGAUCUGGCUGCUGCCAACCAUCCCAAGUACUUCGAAUUGGCUAGAGAACUUGAAAUGACUUUCCGCACGCAACUUGGUCCAUUUGAAGAUUUCUAUCAGAGGGCCGCGCAGUACCAGUAUCAAGUUGCUCAACAACAAGCAGCCAACCGUCAGCAAGCAGCACAACAACAGCAACAGCAAGCGGCUAGCAUGCGACCUCCAAGUACUCCAAAUGCCAUGAUGCAAAAUUUGCAACAACAGCAACAAAAGCAGCAACAGGUACAACCGCAACAGGCACAGCAACAGCAGCAAGUCCAGCAGCCCGGUCAGAUGAAUCAACAGCAAAGACCACGACCACCAAUGCAAGCCGGGUCAGUCACGAUCAAUCUGAAUGGAAGACCUGUCACACUCGGAGCACCUCCGAUUUUACCACCAGAAAAGUUGGCCGAAAUGAAUACGACGCAAGAAAAGUUUGCCGCUGCUUAUCGUCAACAGCAAAUGUUGCAUUUGCAACAGCAGGUAAAGCUUGCCCAACAGCAGCAACAGCCUGGCGGUCAACAGACGCCAAACGGAGCCACCCUUCCACAACAGCAGCAAGCUGCUCAGAAUGCUAUUCCCGGUCAAACUUUCCCGCCAAACUUUGCACAAAACCCACAGAUGAUGCCAAACGGACAGAGUAUGCAACAACCUCUUCAACCUCAACAGCCUCAACAAUCUGUAAAUUUCCCUGGUCAACAGCAACAACAGCAGCAGCAACAGCAACAGCAAUUCAACGUUCAACAGCAACAACAGCUUAAUGCAAUGAAUAAUGUUGCUGGUCGACCUCCUUUCCCUGGUCAACAAGGCGAUCCAACUAAUCAAGCCAGCAUGGCAGCUCAACAGCAAGCAGCCAACGCGCAAGGAGCUUCGCAACAACCUCGAUUCAUUCCUGUUUCUCAGAAGCAGUUAGAAGAAGCACGGGCUGUUAUGGCACGCAUUGAUGAAGAGUUGAGCAGAACAAGACCAAGGUUGACUUUGAACACCACUAUGCCAGAUGCUGAGCGAGAGGAAGUGUUGAGUGAGGUAUCAAAGUUGACAUGGGUCUUGGACACGGUCAAUGCCUUGCUGCCCGUAUUCUAUGCCAUGCAAAAUAAUCUGGAACCUGCUAAAAGGUUGAAGAUUAUGGCGUACAUGUUCCGUGAUCAAUUGGACUUACUACCGAGUAGACAAUGCAUCUUGCGUAAAGCUGAUUUGGACAAGCUGAAAAUGCAAAUGAGCCGUUGCAUUCAUUACGUUCGCACUAGCAAUCCUACAAUUUCCAAUUUCGUUAUCGAAGAAUACAAAAAGGACAAGGAAGGCGAAAGAGUUCGAAUGAUGCAACAGCAGCAGCAACAGCAACAACAACAGCAACAGCAGCACUUGUUAAUGCAACAGCAGCAACUUCAACAGCAACAAAUGCUGAAUGACGUAAAUGUAACCACAGAUGCAUCUGGUCAGCCAACAAUCAAAAGACCUUUGCGUGUUGAGGAUCUCAAACCUCCUCCUCAAAAGAAAGGUAAAGGUGUCAAUGGCAAGACUGGAACAAGUCCCGCUUUGGCUGCUGCAACGGUCAAUACCUCGCCCAAAGCAGGCGCAGCAAACGAAGCAUCGCCCGAAGCCACUUCAACUCCUGCUGCCGCAGGAGCUAAAGGUAAACGAGGAGCAAGUAAUAGCUUGCGCGGUAAGAAGCGUACAUCUGUCAAUAAUCGACCAGAUUCUGGUCAAGCUGCCGUUGAUGCAAAGGCAGGUGCAGCAAAGGGCAAGGCGGGUAAACCUGGUUCUUCCAAUGCUGAUGCUACGCCUGGAUCGAUGGUUGAUGUGAAGAUGGGAUCAAGUCCAGCUGCAGCUGCGCAAACACCUGCCAAAGCAGCCAAUAUUGCUUCUGCUCAAGAUGCCAAUGCAGAACAAGCUUGGGAUGCAAUGGUUAAUGAAAAUGCAAAUGCUAUCAAAGAUCCUGCCGGAUUUGUUGAAUCAGCUUGGCACGAUCUGUUCACGAACGGUAAUCUUGCUGUUUCUCAACCUCAACCUGACAAUUCUACCCCGGCCUUGACUCUACCAAGUGACGGUAAUUCGAUGGAAUCCCUACUGAUGAUGCUUGGACAGACAGACAAUUCCGUUGAUGUCAAUACAAACCCGACAUCGACUGCUUUGGAUGCAACUCAAUCAUCGGAUACACUAAAUGCACUCGAACAAGCAGAUGCUCAAGUUGAUAUAGAUCUACUAGAUUUCAUUGAUGCUGAUGCACUCGGACCUGAUUCUACUGCCGUUGAAGAUCCUCAAACGGAAUUGGAGAAUUUGCUGGCCACCUCUCAUUCCUCUUCUGCCUCUGUUCUUGGAGACACGCCUGAGCUGGUUGAUAGCUCGAGGGCGAGCAGCAGUACUACUUCAAGUAUGAACAAACGCUUACUUCACACCAGCCUCGACAUGUCGUCUUGGAACGACCCAAGUCCUGCCAGUGUUGGUAUUGGGUCCACGCUGACAAACUCCUUCGAGGAAGAUGGCGAUGGAAUCGUUUCCAAGCAAACUAAUGGGACCGCAAGCUCUACCAGCCCUGUGAAUGAUGCACUAUCCAAACUGACUGGAUUGGGUGCAAAUUCUACGGCUGAAACGUCACCUAAUGCAAAAAAGAGAAAGAGCGGCGAUGAAGAGGACUGGUGGGAUAAAUCUUUUGAUGACUUAGGUCAGCAAUUCGACUCAUCUAACGGUCGACCAUGGGCAAUUCUCUCUUGA